UUUCGUGUCGACGUACAUUCCCAUCGGCUUAUUCUACAUUCAAUUAACUUGCAAAUUUGGGGGGAAAUAAUGAUAGAAAUCAUGAACAAAUAUUAGUAAAGCAAUUACAGUAAAGAUUUAAAAACGUGCUUACCAUAGUGUAUUUGGAUGGCCAAAAGCCUAUUCAAAACUGUUGUCUAACGAAAAUAUAAGAGAAAAAAACAAACACAUUUAACACGUUUUCCUGUUUAUUGACGUCCCUUUCUACGAAUAUUUUUCUAAUGGCCAAAAUCGGACCCAUUUUCCUUUGAUACGUUCCGGUCUGGAUUUAAUUGUCGCCACAUCUAGGAGAAGUAGACGGGGUAGAAAAAAGGUUCACCACUUGACACGCUUACGCAAACGACUCACGGGUACCCGACAGGUAAUAGCUGACAUAUAGUAUAUACCUACCUGAGUCCCAGACUAAUGCGGCUCCAGUUGUGUUUGGAUACUUGGAAGUGUCGCAUGGACAGAUUUUCAACAAUUUUAGUUGUGUUUUCGCCUUGCUCAAUUAACUAGCUGCAAAUAUAUCGAACAUGUGUCUUUACAUGGUUUUAGCAAUACUUAUACCAUGCUGUUAUUGCUCUCUGGUUACCAAUGACUUCGAGAAUUCUCUAAAAAGAAUAUUAGAACUGAAAAAGGCAAAAAAUACUACAAGACAUAAGAUACCAAGUUAUAUGUUUAAACUUUACCAAGAUACCGGUUCUCAGCAGUACGAUGUAAUUAGAAGUAUUCCACCUAGCACAGAAACCCUUGGAGGUCAUUCUUUAUACGUAUUUGACUUGACAACUACUGAACCCACUGAAGUAGUCCAAAAGGUUGAACUUCAACUAGAACCUAAUCAGAACUAUCGAUAUUCCAAAGGCAUCAAUAUAUCAUUAUAUUCACUGUCAAAACAAUCAACAUCCAAAACAUACUUAGGUUCAGGAAAUUUAAUAAAUAAUUUGGAUUUGGCAGACAUUUUGGGAUCACAUUUUCUUGAUGGUCUUACUCGGCUCGGUGUACAAAUUGAUGAACCAAGAAAACCGUCGAUUGGACUAGUAUUAUACUCAAAAAAUACUGCCGUGGGAUAUGCCAAAGCACAUGAGCUUGCCAGGUUAUUGUUUGAAACUUCUUUAAAAUUUACCGCUAGACGAAAAAGGUCCUUAGAUGACAAUGAAGUUGAUAUUCACGUAGAUUUUUCUACUGAAGAAAAUAAAAGCAAAAAGAAAAGGAAAAAGACUAAAAUCAACAGGCUUCAGACGAUAGACUCAGGGGAUUCAAUACUAAUAACUAACUCGGAUCAAUGUCGUAUGGAAAAGUUAGUGUUGAAUUUCGCAGACAUCGGAUGGGAAGACUGGGUGAUUUAUCCGAAAGGAUUUGAAACCAAUUAUUGUACUGGUGGCUGUUUGUUUCCAUUAGGAAAAAACUCUAGACCUACUAAUCACGCAACAGUUCAAAGCUUGGCUCGAUCGUUUGGUAAACUUUGGGAUAUUCCCGAGCCUUCGUGCGUACCAGAUACCUUAGCUCCACUUACUCUUCUUUAUAUGGACCAUUCUAAUCAUGUAAUGCUCAAAAGCUACCCUGACAUGAAAGUGUUGACGUGUUCGUGCAAAUGAUAGCGUAUAACUUACAAUAGAGUUUGAUAAAAUGUUCAUUGUAAAUAGAGCAAAUAUCUGUGACGUUUAACAGCAAAAUGCAACAUCUGUAUUUAUAAUGGUUGCAUUAUAGUUUUAAUAUUAUUUAUUCAUGUAUAUAUUCAAUACUCUAUUGCAUCAGGAUUAAUUUAUGGUUGUUAAGUUAGUCUUGAAUGUAUUAUAGACAAAAAUUUCGCUCACGUAUAAGACUGUAAAUCUAGUAGUAAUUAUUUCAAGUAAUUAUUUAUUUAUUUAUUUAUUAUGUUUUAAAAUACCGAUGAGUGAGUGAAAAAAAUCAUGUUAUUUGUAUUUAAUGUUAUAUUUUGAUCAAUAGUUUAAUUUUUUAUUAAUUUGUAUAAUAUUAAUCAAUAUAAAUCUUUGUAAAUAAAUAUAAAUAAUAUUA